AUGGCUCAGUUCAGCGUGGGGACCAGGAUUAGCCUUUAUUUGUUGUUUGCUUCAGGCAUACUGGUCACUGUUUUAGGGAACGGUGUUGUCAUUGUGUCGAUAGGUCAUUUUAAGCAGCUGCAGAAUCCCACCAAUGUGCUUGUUUUAUCUCUUGCUCUUGCCGACCUUCUUGUGGGAGUUAUUGUGAUGCCCUUCAGCGCCAUUCGGACCGUUCAUGGCUGCUGGUUCUACGGUGAUGACUUCUGUCAGUUGCAUUCUAGUUUUGACAUGUUUCUUACCACUGUAUCUAUCUUCCACCUGGUCUGCAUUGCUGUAGACAGACAACAAGCAAUAUGCAAUCCUUUGCAUUAUUCCAGGAAAAUCACAAUGUCAGUGGCCUGUAUUAUGGUCUAUGUGAGCUGGGCACUGGCUGCUCUCUUUUCCUAUGGACUACUUUACUCGAAGGCCAACGUAGCAGGAUUAGAGGAGUAUAUGGUGUCAAUAAACUGCUUUGGUAGUUGUUACCUUCUCUUUAACCCCCUUUGGGGAAUCCUGGACA